UUUUCCCUUUUCUGUUUCUAACUCGUAAUACCGGGUUGACUUCUUAUUGAUGAAGGUUCCAAUGUACAGGAGGGCUCAUGUUGUACCACGCGAUAAAGCCCCCAAGGGAUAAUCGUAUCGGUCAAGGGAUAUGCUUAUCGGCCAGGUGCUACGGUGGUAGCUAUCGACCCUGCUCCUCUUACUCAGAUGCGAUAUUAUAAGCUUAGGUUUUAACACCCACCGAAUCAUGUACUCCGUACAUGAUGUAUCAAUACCAACGUACAAUAGGUGUUCGCAAUCGGACGACGAACCAACAUAGGAAGAACAACUAGGUAGUAGUAACUUUUUGUCACUUUCCCUGGUACGAUGUGGUAUUUACCAUGUCACAAACCUUGGUUGUGCAGUCUGGGUUUUAUUCCCCAUGAAUGGAGCUUUUUAUGUUUUAUGACCCGGAAGCCUUUCUAUAUUAUGUUUCCCUUGAUGUAUCUGUAUGCGACAGGCAAGUCUUUUGAUGGAAAAACCGCACCGCAUCGUCGAUUCACUAUGAACGAUCAUUCCUUUGUUCGUUCUUGGUCCUUUCUCGGGGUUGAACCUUUCAGGCUUUCAACCCAUUUGCCUCCUGCAUAACCG